AUGUCUUCUGCAUUCAUCGUUCCAUACGACCUCAAGACACCCGUCCAGAUUGCGCCUGGAACUGAUGUUGCAGAGCUCUGGAACUCCACUCCUCAGGGAGACAAGCCAUCAAAAGUGGGGACGACGCGGACGUUCUACAAUACCCCACAGGGCAAGGUCACGACUGUCUCGUCUUUGGGCAGUGGCUUCGCGGAGAAGAGUGCUGACGCCAAGAGGGAAUUGGUCAGGAAGUCUGUUGGAAAUGCCGUGAAGGCGUUGAAGGAGUUGGAAGGCGUCAAGGAUGUCACCGUGGAUGAGUCUGCAGACCCUCACGCAGCUGCUGUCGCCGCACAUCUGGCUCUGUACAGCUUCACCCUGAAGACCUCUCCGCCAUCACGAUUCAACCCCAACCUCACACAACCCAUCCCUCCGAAGCUUAGCUUCGCGCCUCUUCAAACAUCCACGGAAUGGGAUCGAGGCGUUAUUUUUGCUCAGGCCCAGAACCUCGCUCGUACACUCACGGAACUCCCAGCUAACAUUCUUACGCCAACGGAGUUUACCAACCGGGCGAAGGAAAACUUUGCUGACAUUCCGAACGUCGAGAUCAUCAUCCGAGACGAAGCUUGGGCCGCUGAAAAAAACAUGAACGUUUUUCUUUCCGUGACACAAGGCACCUCAGAGCCUGCAAAAUUCCUCGAGAUUCACUACAAAGGCGCCCCAGACAAAAAUGCCCCACCACUGGCCUUUGUCGGAAAGGGUAUCACGUUUGAUUCGGGAGGCAUCAGCUUGAAGCCUGGAGCUGGUAUGAAACUUAUGCGUGGAGAUAUGGGAGGCGCGGCGGCCGUCGUCUCGGCCGCAUGGGCCAUCGCCAAAUUGCAGCUACCUGUCAACCUCGUCGUCACUACUCCUUUGACAGAGAACAUGCCCGGACCCAGCGCUACCAAGCCCGGUGAUAUCUUUUACGCCAUGAAUGGUAAAUCGGUAGAAGUGGAUAACACGGACGCCGAGGGGCGGUUGGUUCUUGCUGAUGCGAUCUACUACACGGCAACCGAGUAUAAACCUCAUACACUUAUUGAUGUGGCCACUCUCACGGGAGCCAUGGUCAUUGCUGUUGGCGAGGUGUACUCCGGCGUAUUCUCUACUUCAGAUGAACUCUGGAACGAGCUCCACGCUGCGGGUGAGGUCGAGUACGAUAGAUUCUGGCGCAUGCCGUUGGAUGAAGAUUUCGGCCCGCAGAUUUACUCCAGUAAUGCCGAUUUGCAAAAUACCGGAGGUAGACCCGCAGGCUCAUGCACAGCCGCGCUGUUCCUUAAAGCCUUCGCUGAGGGCGCCAGCCCCGAAGAAGGUAAAGAACCAGAGAUGAAAUGGGCGCACAUAGAUAUUGCUGGAUCCAUGGAGGCUACGAGGCCCACGCCGUACCAAGAAAAGGGUAUGACUGGUCGGCCUGUCAGGGCGUUGGUUGAGUAUGUAACGCGGCUUGCUGGGGCGAAGUAACAAUACAGAUUGGAACUAUGGAUAUUGUCACUCUGCGUGUACAUGCUGAGGUCGUUGACAGCGCAUGUGAAGUGGAGUUUCUGGGAGUGGUACUGUGAGGGUAGAAGAGAAGAAGUAGUUUGUGUGUGUUUCUUGUGACCCCAAUAACAGGGAAGUUGGCUGG